AUGGACUCUACUACCAGUCUUUUGAUUGAAUCAUGGACUCUGUACUUGUUGGGGGUUCUGCUGGUCGCUUGCCGUCUGGUGUCGAGGAGAUUAAAAUUGGGCAAGUGGCGGAAUUUGACAAUGGACGACUAUCUGAUGCUUUUCGCCCUGGCCAACUUCACUGGAGUGGUUGUCUCAAUCAAUCAAGUCGCCAAAGACGGCAGCAGUUACAUGUCCCCCGAGGAUGCCGCAAGCCUGACACCAGAAGGCGUUCAGCAAGCCGUCUAUGGAAGCAUCCUGACCUUUGCGCUGGAGAUUUUCACAGUCACGGCCACCUGGACCAUUAAAGCCUGUCUCUUGAUCCUUUAUGCUCGACUCACGGGACAUACUCUCCCUAGACAGCACGCGCUGGUCAAGAUCGCGGCAGCAUACUGCGCCAUCACGUAUCUCCUCGUCAUCUUGUUGUUUAUUUUCUACUGGUGCAGCCCGAGGACUUACGAGUACUGGGCCGUCCCCGUGAGGAUUGAAGAAUGCGCCACGUACUAUCACCACAUGAUAUUCGCAACAGCUUGCAACAUUUCGUCCGAUCUCCUGCUUCUGCUGAUUUCAAUCCCCAUCAUCAUCAACACCCUGCUCCCGAUAAAACGAAAGCUUUUCCUCAUCUGCAUUCUCGGCCUUGGCGUCUUGAAUAUUCUCGCCGCCAUUCUUAACCGCUACUACAACUUUAGCAAUCCAGACUCUUACGUCUUCCUGUGUUGGUAUGUCGCCGAGGUCGGCAUCGCCAUUCUUGUCGGCAACAUGCCCCUUUGCUGGCCCUUGUUGAGAAUGGUGCUGGGCAUGAAGGAGAAGCUGGCCCGGCCGUCAUGCCGAGGAUCAACUAUCAACGGAGGCUGCAGGAGGCAUGGCAAACUGAGGCGCACUCUCGGCGCGUCGACGCUUGAGUCUACAGCAUGGGACAAGAUAGACGACCAAGACGAGGCUAAGGCGAGUGGGUGCAGGACGUCGACUGAUCACCACACUGCCUCGGACCGGGUAAGUGAAAUCGAGUUGAUCUAUCAAGGACAAACCAAAUAUGCCCCGUGUCACCAAGCUGCUGUUAGCGCCAACGCGGAGCAAUCAGCAGAGAUGCCAAGCAGCGACGUGGGUGCUGCCGGACUUGACGGCGACAGUCACCGUUCCGUCGCAGCUGGGGAUAAAAUAAUGGUGGUGACUACGGUGGAGGUUUCUUCCUCAGAGCCCGCCAGACAGCGGACGUCUGGGGAAGCAUAA